AUGCCACCGACCAACGGAGAAGCAGCCCUAGCAGCCAUCACCACACUGGCGGACCCAUCCAAAGAGCAGAAAGCCGCUCAGUCCUCAAUUGAAUCGCUACUGGCCUCUUCGGACCCCUUUCUGGACAUACAUGAAGUCUUCAAGCACUACAACACCCUCUACUUCCGCAGCCUCCUCCUUCCCCGUGUCGAGGUCUCCUGGUCUUCUCGGCUCACCCUCUGCGCUGGCAUCUGCGAGCUCAUGCAAGAUCCUUCAAAUGGCAACAAGUACACCCGCAUCCGCCUCAAACUCUCGGAACCAUUACUCAAGUUCCGGCCGCGGAGCGAUAUGAUCAACACGUUACUUCAUGAAAGCAUCCACGCCUACUUUUUCAUCACGACAUCCUGGCGGCACUCACGCGGAGACGAUGGGACAGGUCAUGGAGCUGGAUUCUUGCUACUCGCCGAUGCGAUCAACAGCCAUGGAGGCUACGAGGUGACUGUGUUCCACACUUUCCACGACGAGGUAGACAGCUAUCGCACGCAUGUCUGGCAAUGCAAUGGACCUUGUCAGACGCAAGCGCCGUUCUUUGGGAUGGUGAAGAGGAGCAUGAAUCGUGCUCCUGGGAAGAAUGAUUCUUGGUGGCAAAGGCAUCAGCAGGAGUGCGGAGGGACGUUCACGAAAGUCGCGGAGCCGGAGAUGAGUAAGGCGCAGGUGGAGAAGAUGAGUGGGCUGCAGAGGGCUGGGAGGCAGAAGAAUAAGAUUGAUGGUUGGGUCGGGAGUGGCCAGUCUGUUCAACCUUCUCAGGAGAAAAGCGAAGCAAUCCAACCAACGAAACGAACCAAUACCGACAGCGAGGCGGCUACCACACAACCUGUGAAGAAGAAAGCGAAGCUUGAGGUGGUGAGCUGUCCUAUAUGCGACGAGAAGCUCGAUUCGGACACUAUCAACGACCACCUGGACCUUCAGCAUCCGCCUUGA